GCGGGGACGGGCUCCGGCGAACUUGCCAGCUUGCGGGGAGCGGGAGCGGCGCGGCAGCUGGGCUGCGGGCUCUAGGCUCCAGCUCUCCUCCCCCUCUCUCUGAGGAUGGCCCAGAAGGAGAACGCCUACCCCUGGCCCUAUGGCCGGCAGCCGUCUCAAUCAGGCCUGAGUACCCUGCCCCAGAGAGUUCUGCGGAAGGAGCCUCCCACCUCGUCCACGCUUGUCCUCAUGAACCGCUCCAAUAGCCAGUCUUCAGCUGUCGCUGGCCAGAAGGCAGUGGAGAACAGCAGUGGGGUGCCCAAAUUCUUGCGGCCCCUCACCAUCGAUGACUUUGAAAUUGGGCGUCCCCUGGGCAAAGGCAAAUUCGGAAAUGUAUACUUGGCUCGGGAGAAGAAAAGCCAUUUCAUCGUGGCGCUCAAGGUCCUCUUCAAGUCUCAGAUCGAGAAGGAGGGCGUGGAGCACCAGCUGCGGAGGGAGAUUGAGAUCCAGGCCCACCUGCAGCACCCCAACAUCCUGAGGCUCUACAACUACUUCUAUGACCGUCGGCGCAUCUACUUGAUUCUGGAGUACGCCCCUCGUGGGGAGCUCUACAAGGAGCUGCAGAAGAGCCGCACCUUUGACGAGCAGCGGACAGCCACGAUCAUGGAGGAGUUGGCGGAUGCUUUGAUAUACUGCCACGGGAAGAAGGUGAUUCACAGAGACAUAAAGCCCGAGAAUCUGCUCCUAGGGCUCCAGGGGGAGCUGAAGAUUGCUGACUUCGGCUGGUCCGUGCAUGCCCCCUCCCUGAGGAGGAAGACAAUGUGUGGCACCCUGGACUAUCUCCCCCCAGAGAUGAUCGAGGGGCGCACACACAAUGAGAAGGUGGAUCUGUGGUGCAUUGGGGUACUCUGCUACGAGCUGCUGGUGGGCAACCCACCCUUUGAGAGUGCCUCGCACAAUGAGACGUACUGGCGCAUUGUCAAGGUAGACCUGAAGUUCCCCGCUUCUGUGCCCGCAGGGGCUCAGGACCUCAUCUCCAAGCUACUCAAGCAUAAUCCAUCUGAACGGCUGCCCCUGUCCCAGGUCUCAGCCCACCCUUGGGUCCGGGCCCACUCCCGCAGGGUGCUGCCUCCAUCUGCCCUUCAGUGUGCACCAAGUGUCCAUUGAUUUGGGGUGUGUGUGUGUGUGUGUGUGUGUGUGCGCGCGCACGCGUGCGCGCGCGUGUGUCUGUGAUUGUGCAGGGGAAAGGAGGAGUUUGGCUGGUUCCCUUAUAUGUCUUCUGCCUCCUUUUUAUUUAAUAAACCUGUAGCUUUUUGUACUGGUGAGUGCAGAGGUUUCUAGGUGAGGCUAUGCUGGGGAGGACGCUUCCUUUAGGAGGGGUAACUGCUGGGGGUGCUGUCAUCCCCCAUGGCACCCUACCUUCAGCUCUUGAGGCCACCUGCUCAGCUCCCAGCUGCUCUCCUGCUCCUUCUUUUCUCCCUCCCCACUCCUUCCUUUCUCAGCUCUGACUUUUAGAGUCUGGUGUGCUGGAAGACCUUAGCUCCACACUGUGUUUUGAGACAGGGUCUCACCAAGUAGGCCAGUAGCAGGCUGGCCUAGAACUUGUAGCAAUCCUGCCUCAGCCUCCCAAGUGCUGGAGCUAUAGGUGCCUGCCACCUUGUCCUACUUCCCCACUGUUACACUUGAUCUCUAGCCAUCUCCGUGUGUCUUCUCUGGGCUCCUAGUAUUUUCUUCUUGCCUUUUGUCUGGCCCUUGCCAACCUAGAAGCAGCUGAGCAUAGCUGUAUUGGAAAAAGUCACCUAACACAAAGCCUAUUUUGUACCAAUUGUUCAAUAUCUUGUAGGUUAUUGAGUACUGUACUGAACGCAGAGCCUUUGGGCUUUUGGCAGGGGGUACACUUUUACAGCAUCAUGAAGUCAAGAAAGCAGGGAUCAAAUAAUUGUAAGUCAGGGCUAGAAAUACAGCUCGGAAUAGAGCCCUUGUCAAGCGUGUGGCAGUCCUGAGUACUUCUAAAACAAUUAUGGACUUUAUAAUGUUUUAAGUCACAUG